AUGGAUCCGGAAUACAACGACUAUCUUCAUUAUAGCCAGAUGAAUUUGCUGCAUCUCCAGCAAGGGCCCAUCUCGGCUCCUGCUGCUCCGUCUUCCGGUGACGACUAUUUCACGUUUGUGGUGCCCCACGAUGAGGUCUCUCAAGAUUAUACCUUGUCUUCCAACCACGAGCACGCCGACGCUGGCUCGCUGGCACGAAGUCAGCUACGGGUUAAUCAGUGGAAACCACAACCGGGCGCCACUCCGAAGAACUUUGGUCAUAUGAGCAGCAGACAGAGAACUUUCUCCGACAAGAAAGCUCGCAACAAGAGCAGACUAUCAAACUCAAUAAAUUAUAAUUCCGAGGACUCGAGGGCUGUCAGCGACCUGCCGCCAGUCUUGAACAGUUCUUUCGAGAUCUCCAACAGAGAAGGGCUUGUGAAGAACAAGAAGAAGAACCCGGGCUUUCACAUAGCGCUAGAUAACUUGCAAGCUCCGAAUAUGAUGCUUCGCAUGAAAGAUCAGAACAUUCAAGCUGGUACCGUUGGCUCCGACUCCAGGGUCGACUUGACCUACCAGCAAAUGAAAAUCUCUGACCCUGACGUUCUAUUCCAUAAAAAUGGUGUGGAAUGGGACAGUGGUCAAGAGAACGUUACACCGCUUAUGAACCCGCCAAAUACGAGUGACUUGGGCUACUUCGGCUCCUUUGACAUUCAGUUGGCUGAAAACGAUGGAAGCUUCACGUUGUCGGAUGGCGGAAUGCCUGCGGGCUACCUUUCGCUUCCGAAGGAUGUUGACCGUUCAAGUGUGACGAAAAGCGACGACAAUAGCACCGACUUUGAUGAUCUUGCUCAAAUCCCUCUUGAAGGCUUUGUGCCAGUACCCGAGAGUUUCGAGGAUUACAACCAUGGCAUUCCGCAUUUUGAUGACAACUACAUUGACCAUAGUUUUGGCCACAAUGUGUCUAUACAUGCCCUGCAACAUAAUGUCGAUCAUAGCCAGCACCACUUUGAUCUUCACGAAUACCCAGCUCACCAUCAACAACAGCUUCACUCUCAUCAGCAUCCUCAUCAACAACCCCAGAACCAGCAUCAGCAUUCUCACGGCCAUGACUAUCACCUCGACCACUCUCAACAGAGCGGCUUGCACGGUGCCCAUGCAUAUAAUCAUGGGAUGCCAGUGAAUUAUCCAGAGCAAUACAGACCAGUCAACAAAGCUCCAGUUCCCCAAGCUCAAAGUCUAUUCCCAGACCGCCCUGUUCUUGAACGGUCGCAAUCUGCGCUGAGUGCUAUGACAUCGGCAAAGUCUGACAUCAAGAAGAAAAAGAAGUCGAGCAGAGUCGUCAUUUGUCCUAUCUGUGAUAAGCAUAUAAGCAGAGAUUUCACGAGGCAUUCUCGAAUCCAUAAUGAGAUCGGACGCUUCCAAUGUGUCUUCCCAAGGAGUGUAUGCUCCCACAAGUCUGGAAAAUUCAACAGGCCUUACGACUACAAGAAGCACUUGCUCAAUGUUCACUUCACCUUCGAGGAUCCAAAGACCCGUCUAGCGCCAAACUUGAAAGAGAAGCUCACGGUUCGUGGACACUGCAAUGCCUGUGGACAAUAUUUCACUGGAAAUGACUGGCUCAAUGAGCACGUUUUAAACACAGAUAAAAGUAAGCGCUGCUCAAAACUUCAGCAGGAAGCCGAAUUCGAUGAAGACGACUUUCAGUCUGGCGAGAACGGCGAGGAUGACCAGGCCAAUAUGGCAGACUUCCUUAAAGAAGAAAGCCUGGACUAG